GAGUGGCGGUUGUUUCAAGAUGGCGGAUGUGGCCGCGGGGCUGAAGCCGGAAGGAGCCGCUUACUGGAGCCGAGAUCUUUCCGAUGAGGACCGGCAACCUGUGUAUGUCCCAGGGGUUUCUGACGAGAGGAAUUUGAGACCCAGGCGACUGCGGAAAGGGCAGAAGACGGGAGCCAAGGCCAAAGGAGCUGUGGUGGCUUCGAAUCCCGCCCCAAUGGAGGUCCUGAAAAGGAUUGGAGAAGACGCUGGGCAGCAGCAGGGGCCCGACAAAGGAGAAACGAAGAGUGCUUCUUUAAAGGAUUUAUGCCCCGAAGACAAGAGGCGCAUCGCAAACUUAAUUAAGGAGCUUGCAAGAGUGAGCGAGGAAAAAGAGGUGACGGAGGAGCGCCUGAAAGCUGAGCAGGAGGCGUUUGAGAAGAAGAUCAGGCAGAUGGAGGACCAGAAUGUCCUCAUCGUGAGAGAGAGGGAAGCCCUGCAGCACCAAUACCGCGAGUGCCAAGAACUGCUCAGCCUCUACCAGAAAUAUCUCUCCGAGCAGCAGGAAAAACUGACCCAUUCCCUUUCCGAGUUGGAGGCAGCUAAGCAGAAGGAACAUCAGAUGUCUAGCCAGAGAAGUCAUUGUCAGCUGGUGCCGCCUUCAGACCUGGAUGGAUCCUACCUUGGUGUCGCUAGACGACAAGCUUUGCGUAAGGACCACAACUCAACUCGUAGGAGCCCUAGUCUUCAGCCUUCACCUCAACCUGGUAGGAAUAGGGGUGUCCUUGAGGCCAGGACCCCCGGAUGUCAGACGGAGGCCAGGAACGGUGGCCUUUUGCAAAAUGGAUUGCCCCACAAAUGCAACCCCAUGUCCUCUCCAGCCACACAGCCGUUGGGUCCCCAUCUCCAGAGGAUUCCCGACGGGGAGAAGCGGAGGAGCGGCUGUCCUCUUCCGGGGUGUCCCAUCCAUCAAAAAUUAGGAAACCCGGCUCACGAGCCUUUCCAAGACACUUGCCGUGUCCGAGACCGAUACCCAGGGGCACCGGGCGAAUCCUCCUCGGAAUAUUUCGGCUCGCCGCACCUCCGGAGGCCGAAGGCCGGCGACGCCUCGAGGCCAAAAGAAGCCGAUCCCCGCGGCCAGGACUUCUCCGAGGAGAAACGGAAAGAGCUCCUGCUCCAGAAGAUUGAGCUGGAAAUCGAGAAGGAGCGCCUGCAGAAUUUGUUAGCGGAGCAAGAGGCCAAGCUUCUGCAUCAGCAGGAGCAGCUGCAGCAAUCCAGGCGGGAGUAUCACUGGUUUAAAAGCCACGCUGGCCAUUCGGAAGACGGGCUGAUGGGGGAAGCCCUCGUGGGACCAGGCUCCUCGGCUCCGGCCGUGAACGGGAUUUGUGACGGGAUCAGUUCCCCCAAGAUGGACUGCGAAGGUUGUCUUUUGAGGACACCCUCCAGGAGAAGCUUCCGAACACCAGAAAGAAAUGAAAGAGUCGAUUCGGGAGCGAAGAGCAUGGGCUUCAGUAGCGACGCAGACGGCCCCCCUCUUUGGAACAGCACGAAGAAGGAGCCCGCCAGGUCCAAUCGAGGGACGUCUAGGAAGGAUCCCGCCACGUCUCCUGGAGUGACAGCCGUCAAGAAGGAGCUUGUGACUGCAGCCACCUCCCCAAUGCAGCAAGGAGCUUGGCGGUACGAGACUUCUCUCCUGGACCUGGUGGCCGCCAUGAGCCCGAGGCAGGACGAUCGCCCCGGUUUUCCCAGGGGGACCCAGCCCCAGAGCAGAACCUGCGGGAAACCCCGCUGGGAUUGGCGAUCCCCCCGAGCCAAGAACGGGCUGGACGAUUUGGAAGAGAGCCGGAUUUUGGAGGACAUCUUUUUCAUCUGAGGAUCUGGCGGGGCCUCCGAGGACUCUUUUUUUAAAAACCCCUUCCUCUUUUUCUCAUCUGGGUGUGUCGACGUAUUCAGGAUCUUUUUAAAUUAUUUGUCUGACUGACGAUUGUCUCCCCUCUCUUCUCUCCCCUUAGAGAACCGAAGGCGGUAGCCCCCCUCCCCCCGGCCCCUCCCCAUCUCUGGAUCAUGAUAGAGACGAACUGCAUGGAGUGUUAGUGGAAACUUUCCUACGGGGGGAUUUUUCUCGUCCGGGUUUUAUGGCUGAAGGGGGUGGAAAAAAGUCACGUCGUUGUGCAAAGGAUGGGUGUUUCCUUAUGGAGUUUUGAAUUUUUUUAGUGGUGGAAACCGUUUGUUUAAUCUCUCUCUCUCACUCCCUCUCCCUCUUUAUGCCUUU